GGUGUCCAACAUAUGCAAUCCUUUGCACACACUUGCUCUUCUGAUAUAACUGUGCUUUUUAUUUGCUUGCAGUGUCCGCACACCAAUAUCAAUGAAGUUCUUUCCUCGGUUUUUUUUGCUCUAUUUUCUGGUGUUUCACAUCUAUUUCUUUUCGUACACUCAUGGUUUUUCUUAUCUUGCUCUCUCUACGACCGCAGCAUUUAUGCAGCAUCUCAUCCUCUACUUCUGGAACCGAUUUGAGGUUCCAGCUCUCCAGAGGUUUAUGCAAAACCGGCGGUCAUCUUUUCAGCAACACCCAGAUUUUCACAUUACUUCCUCUACUAUUCUUGCCUCGACGUUGCAUAUCACAAGAUUAAACACGAGGAACCCAGUUCCAGUUAAUACAGAUUUGACCUCUGCACCUGGGCUUAGAGUCUUGCCUGAUCCAGCAAUACCAAGAAAUACUGCAGCAGAACUUUCUGGACUUCAAGAACGAUCUGAGAGCAACAACCCUGAUAGGUUAGGCAAUUCUCUCCAAAUUGCAGGACAACCUGAGCUCCGCCAAGCAGAAACUGGUGCCAAUCCUGGGGCCAUGAAUUCGUUUAGUUCCUUGUUGUUGUGGAUCUUAGGGGGGGCUUCUUCUGAGGGCCUCAAUUCAUUUCUUUCUAUAUUUAGAGAUGUAAGAGACCAAGGCCAAGUUUAUGCAGAAUCCACUCGGCAAGAAAAUCGUGCAACACAGAAUGCUCAAUAGAGUGGGAACAUAGGGUAUGAAAGGUAUUUAAACAGUGAUUUUAGCCCAUGAUGUUUUUGUAUGUUAUUUUGUAUAAUAUAGCUCUGUUUUACGACAUAGAAUUAGUUCGUGAAUUGAAUACACUAUGUGCAAUACUGAUAAAUUGUCUAUGAAAUGGGGAAAAAGGGGGGUGGGGGGAAGAGAGAGGGAAACGGCCUCAUUGAUUUCCAUUGAUAAUAUUUGAUCAAAG